AUGCAAGAAACGCUGAAUUCGCAAAAUUGGGAAGUUGGUGUUAAAGAAUGGUGCAAAAGGCGCUCUGAAUGGUUGUUGGAUCACGACAAAAUCGCGAACGAGUAUUCUCUAGAGGAAGUGGUGAUUCCUAAAGAUGUUUAUUUGAGUGUCUACAAAAUGCUAGUGCACCAAGAACAGAAGCUGAAACGACCAGUGAAACUAAGUACUAUUGUCGCAGUUUUGAAAACCGGAUGGAUUGAAGAAGGAUAUUGGCCUGCAACUUCCAAGUAG